CUUCAUCAAUCAGCUCUGCUACGAGACAGCCCUGCACUGGUACGCCAAGUACUUCCCCUACCUGGUCGUCAUUCACACACUCAUCUUCAUGGUCUGCACCAGCUUCUGGUUCAAGUUCCCCGGCACCAGCUCUAAGAUCGAGCACUUCAUCUCCAUUCUGGGCAAGUGUUUCGACUCGCCGUGGACCACACGGGCCCUGUCCGAGGUCUCUGGGGAGAACCAGAAGGGCCCCACUGCUGGACGGGUGACGGCCACCGUGGAGGCCUCGGCAGGGCCAAGAAAGGCCGAUGAGGGUGAGAAGGAAAAGGUGCUGGUGGAGCCUGAGAAGGUGGUGACUGAGCCACCAGCCGUCACCCUACUGGACAAGAAGGAGGGCGAACAGGCCAAAGCCCUGUUUGAGAAGGUCAAGAAGUUCCGUGUGCAUGUGGAAGAGGGGGACAUCCUGUAUACCAUGUACAUCCGGCAAACGGUGCUCAAAGUCUGCAAGUUCUUUGCCAUCCUGGUCUACAACCUGGUCUACGUGGAGAAGAUCAGCUUCCUGGUGCCCUGCAGGGUGGAGACCUCGGAGGUGACGGGCUACGCCAGCUUCUGCUGCAACCACACCAAGGCCCACCUCUUCUCCAAGCUGGCUUUCUGCUACAUCUCCUUCGUGUGCGUCUACGGGAUCACCUGUCUCUACACGCUCUACUGGCUCUUCCAUCGGCCCCUCAAGGAGUACUCCUUCCGGUCCGUUCGGGAGGAGACGGGCAUGGGCGACAUCCCCGACGUCAAGAAUGACUUUGCAUUCAUGCUGCACCUCAUCGACCAGUACGACUCCCUCUACUCUAAGCGCUUUGCCGUCUUCCUCUCCGAGGUCAGCGAGAGCCGCCUGAAGCAGCUCAACUUGAACCACGAGUGGACGCCCGAGAAGCUGCGGCAGAAGCUGCAGCGCAACGCCCGGGGCCGGCUCGAGCUGGCCCUCUGCAUGCUCCCGGGGCUGCCUGACACCGUCUUCGAGCUCAGCGAGGUGGAGGCGCUGCGGCUGGAGGCCAUCUGUGACAUCACAUUCCCCCCGGGCCUGUCGCAGCUGGUGCACCUGCAAGAGCUCAGCCUGCUCCACUCGCCUGCCAGGCUGCCCUUCUCCUUGCAGGUCUUCCUGCGGGACCGCCUGAAGGUCAUCCGGGUCAAGUGCGAGGAGCUCCGAGAGGUGCCCCUGUGGGUGUUCGGGCUGCGGGGCCUGGAGGAGCUGCACCUCGAGGGGCUCUUCGCCCCGGAGCUGGCUCGGGCGGCGACCCUCGAGAGCCUCCGGGAGCUCAAGCAGCUCAAGGUGCUGUCUCUGCGGAGCAACGCCAGCAAGGUGCCAGCCAGCGUGACGGACGUGGCCGGGCACCUGCAGCGGCUUAGUCUGCACAACGACGGGGCCCGUCUGCUGGCCCUGAACAGCCUCAAGAAGCUGGCGGCGCUGCGGGAGCUGGAGCUGGUGGCCUGCGGGCUGGAGCGCAUCCCGCAUGCCGUCUUCAGCCUGGGAGCGCUGCAGGAACUGGACCUCAAGGACAACCACCUGCGGUCCAUCGAGGAGAUCCUCAGCUUCCAGCACUGUCGCAAGCUGGUCACGCUCAAGCUGUGGCACAACCAGAUCACCUAUGUCCCCGAGCACGUGCGGAAGCUCCGGGGCCUCGAGCAGCUCCACCUCAGCCACAACAAGCUGGAGACCCUGCCCACGCAGCUCGGCCUGUGCUCUGGCCUCCGCCUGCUGGACGUCUCCCACAACGGGCUGCGCUCCCUGCCGCCCGAGCUGGGCCUCCUCCAGAGCCUGCAGCACCUGGCUCUGUCCUUCAAUGCCCUGGAGACCCUGCCCGAGGAGGUCUUCUUCUGCCGCAAGCUGCGGACGUUGCUUCUGGGUUACAACCACCUGAGCCAGCUCUCGCCCCAGGUGGGUGUCCUCCGAGCCCUCAGCCGCCUGGAGCUCAAGGGUAACCGCUUGGAGGCGCUGCCGGAAGAACUUGGCAACUGCGUGGGGCUCAAGAGGGCGGGGCUUCUGGUGGAGGACACCCUCUACGAGGGCCUGCCGGCAGAGGUGCGGGAAAAAAUGGAGGAGGAGUGAAGCGAAAGGGGGGGCAGGUGGAGGCCUUCUGGAUGCUUCCAUCCCAGAAUCUCAACUACGGUCUUCAAGCCGGGUGGCCAGGAGGGCCCAGGCCAAGGAGAUGAGGAGCAGACACAUGAGCCUUGUCGGGUCCAGACAAGAUCCUGGGACUGGUUUGUCUGAGAAGACAGGAGGCUGUGGAUUUGGGGUGGAGCGUCCUAGAGGGAUUAACUCAGUCAUAGGAUUCGCAGACCAAAGCCACCACACCUCUGUCUUUGGCUGGCCAUCCUGCCCUCCCCUGGACAUUCCAGCUCAAUGAGUGCCAUAUGUGGGGGUGGGGCACAUCCCAAUGGGAUUUCAACCCUUUCUCCCCCAACCCAAACAGCUUACAUCUGGGGUUCUCUCCCAAGGAGGGGACACAGACACAAGGGACCAGCGACCUCCUCCCCCAACUUUGAUGCCAAUCCCUUAUUUAUAAGUUGUUUACUCUGGACACAUGAAUUCAGUAAAAUGGUUCUCCUAUUUGGCUCUGCAUCAAAACCAACAUCCCCAAAACAAAACAUCCCAGGCCCUACCCCUGAAAGAUGGACUCAGGUCUCGCUGGAGGCCAGGAACGUGUCUGUAAGUAAGCAUCCCAGGUAAUUCUGACGCAGGUUGUCCUAGGCCUGAAUGCUGGGAAAUGCUGACCUACAGAAUCUGGGUGUUCAGAGCAGGAAUCCUGAACCCUUUUGAAGUCCUAGAACUUUUGAACAUCUUAUAAAAGUUGGGCACCUCCUUGCCCGGGAAAAUGGACACACACGUGCAAAAUUCCAAAGCUACUUCAGGCAGUCAACAGAUUCCCCCAGAUUUCCCAGUGGGCCAUUCACGGACAUCCUAAAGAUGGCAGACGCCAGGUCAACACCACCUGCUGUGGAAUUUACAUGUUCCUGAGCACAGAUGGGACUUUGUCUUUCUAAUGUUCUCUUUGGGAGGGAGCAUCUAUCAGUGGGUGGUUAAUAAAUAAUACUUACUAUGAGAACUAAAA